AAUUGUUGUUCAUUUUCUUAAACUUGUUGCAUAUCUGUUUCUAUCCAGACCUUUUUUUUUUUUUAUAGAACCAGACAGUGGAAUCAACAAAUGGACCCUCAGAUACUCAAGUCAAUGGUGGAAACAACACAACAACAAAAGUGAAAGAAGGCGGAAAUGUUGCAAUGUUUGCCUCUAAUGAACAUGGUCUGAACUUCCUCAGUGAAUCAGAGGUCGAAUCCAAACCUCCAGCUUCUGCUGGAGAAAUACCCCCAGCUCUUGAAAAACAGAGUGAACCAGCUCCCCCUGAGAGCAAUACAGGUAGAGAUGAAGGAUGGGGUGAUCAGGGGGGUGAAGGAACACCAGGUGAUCAAGGGGAUGAUACUGGUGAGUGGAAUACAUUUUUAUCCACCUUACUGCCAAAAUGAAUGAUUUAGGAGAUAAAUACUAAUCUUGUUUAGUUAACUUAGAAGUUGGUUAAGUGAACCCCUGACAGAAAUUAAGAUGGGCUUUAUUCAGCAGGUUUCGACACAGUGCAUCAUUCUAAUGGAUAUUCACGUGGAGGACGCGGAGGUAGAGGUGGAUACCGAAGAGGAGAUGGUUACAAUCGUAGAGGGGGUCCACCUGGUGAGAGGGGAAAUAGGCGCGGCAGAGGAGGAUUUGGAGGACCUCCUCGUGGUGGAAGAGGGGGAUAUGGACAACAGGUCUGUUCUUAUUUUUCUUGCUUCUUGCUCCUUGUGUCAUAAAAAUAGUUCAUACUUCAAAUUUAAUAUUCACCAUCAGUUAUAAAGCUGAAUGUUCCAUUUGUGAUGGACAGUUACUGAUGAUUGAAUUUUUCAGAUAUCAGGCAAACUUUUGUCAAACCAGGCAGACUAACUAUGGACAACUGCAUUUCCUUGAUUAUUGUGUUUAUUUGUGUGGUAAAUAUUAUUGUUUUGAAUUAUUUCAGGACCAGAGACAUGGUGGACCUUCUGGAAGGGGAUCUCGUGGUGGACCACGAGGAGGCCCCAGAGGUGAUCGUGGUGGACGUCGUGGGGGAGGACCCCCACAGUAAAUGCUUCUUUGUGCAAUGGAAUACAUUUGCAACUAAUCUUCAUUGAGUUAGGAAGAUUAUGAUGGAGCUUUUGGCAUAAUGUUACAAGAACUGACCUAGUUACAAGCUUUUAGACCCUGUGCAUGCAACAAGUGUGAAGCUGUCAGGCCUAUAUGAUAGUUAUUUAAAAAAGAAAAUUACCGGAAAAGAUGAACAAUAAGAGUCUAACACGUACCCUAUCAUUUGAAGACACAAAUCUUUUAUUACUAGUGGGUUUUGGCGGACAUUUUCCACUUAAAGAAAACUUCCUGAAUGACGGGAAUCUUCAGAAAGAUUUAUAAAUAUUUCUCUUCAACUGCAACAAGUGUUUCUUUAUGAAAGCCAUUGACUUCUACAGGAACUUGACAUAAAAUACGGUGAAAUAUGCAAACAAUGAAAACUGCUUUUCUAAGUGUGUACAGUAAUGGAGAUCUCCUCUUCAAAAUAUAAAAGCAGAAGAACUGCAAGAUGUUGAUAUUUGAUAUCACCCUCUGAAGAACACUUAUCAGCAUGGAAUCUUAAGCUGCAUCACAGAGUAGUACAAGGAUUAAGACAUAUUUAGAGGCUGUUCAAUGUCAUCAGCCCAAGUGAUUCCACAGUUUGAAAGUGUUUUUCCCCCCCCCCCCCAUUGGUUGUUGUUGUUGUUGUUGUGAUUGUUUUAUGUGUGUUUUGAAGAAGCAUUUAAACAACUUUGUGCUUCUGGUGUUUUGUUUAAAAUAAAAGCCGGGCAUGAAAGGAUCUCCUAUUGACAUGAGUAUUGUAAUUUAAAAAUUAAAGCCAUAUUCAUGUAAGUGUAUUGAGUCAUUUUGUCUGGAUUACUUAAAUUGUUGUUUGGAUAAUUUCAUUUGUAGAGCAGUGCUGAUGGUCAUUCAAAAAGUAAAUUGUAAGGAAUGUAGUUUUGAUCAUGUUUGCCAUCUAGCAUUCUACCCGAUUCAAACAUUUUCCUUCUUUUGAUUGAGUGUAUCUAAUUGAUGAUCAUGAGCAUAUACGAACCUUCUUCUCCAAGAUCUCAGUAUUGAUUCUUACCAUCUGACAUUUUUGUAUUGUUAUCAUAUCUGACUUACUGGUAAUCCUCAAUAUACUGGUAUCAUAAGGGUAAGUCUCUUAUUGGUCUUUUCUAAGUGUUUGGAUUAGGAUCCUGUGGUAACAAAAGGCUUGCAAAUUCCAUAUCAUUUUCACAGGCUUAUUAAAUCAGAGAAGGCCUUCUUAACUCUUUGACGUCAUAGAAUGACUGCAUCUAAUUUCUCUUAACAAUGUCACCC